CUAUCCUCGCCUGAAGCUACACCGAGGAGUAACAAUGGAGUCCAGCAGGAAGCUCAUUUGCAGACAAAGGCAAGUCCUUUUUUUCUUUCUUUUCUUGGGCUUGGCUCAGGCGGGCUCUGAACCUAGGCGCUAUUCUGUGGUGGAGGAAACUGAGGGGAGCUCUUUAGUAACCAAUUUAGCAAAGGACCUGGGUCUGGGGCAUGGGGAACUCUCCAGGAGGGGAGCUAGAGUCAUUUUCAAAGGAAAUAAACUGCAUUUACAGCUCGAUCAGGAGACUGGGGAUUUACUGCUAAAUGAGAAACUGGACCGGGAGGAACUGUGUGGUCACACAGAGCCCUGUGUGCUGCGUUUCCAGGUGUUGCUAGAGAAUCCCUUAGAGUUUUUUCAAGCUGAGUUACAAGUAAUAGACAUAAAUGACCAUGCCCCAGUGUUCAUAGACAGAGAUAUGUUGCUAAAAAUACCAGAGAGCACUUCUCCUGGAACUAUCUUUCCUCUGAAGAACGCUCAGGAUGUGGAUGUAGGCCGAAAUAAUAUUGAAAACUAUAUAAUCAGUCCUAACUCCUAUUUUCGGGUCAUCACCCGAAAACGCAGUGAUGGCAAGAAAUAUCCCGAACUUGUGCUGGACAAAGUGCUAGAUCGUGAAGAGGAACCUGAUCUCAGGUUAACCCUCACUGCUCAGGAUGGCGGCUCUCCACCCAGGUCUGGCACCGCUCAGAUUUACAUCGAAGUCGUGGAUAUCAACGAUAACGCCCCUGAAUUUGAGCAGCCUUUCUAUAGGGUGCAGAUCCCUGAGGACAGUCCAGUAGGCUUCCUGAUUGCCAACGUCUCUGCUACGGAUGUAGACAUGGGAGUCAAUGGAGAGAUUUCCUAUUCACUUUUCCAGGCUUCAGAAGAGAUUAGCAAAACCUUUGAAAUCAGCCCCAUGACAGGAGAAAUUCGACUGAAAAAACAACUUGAUUUUGAAACAACUCAGUCCUAUGAGGUCAAUAUCGAGGCCAGAGAUACUGGAAGUCUUUCUGGAAAAUGUACUGUUCUGAUUCAAGUCAUGGAUGUGAACGACAAUGCCCCUGAAGUCACCAUGUCUGCACUUACCAGACAGAUCCCUGAAAACCGGCCCGAGACGGUGGUUGCAGUUUUCAGUGUUUCAGAUCUUGAUUCGGAAGAGAAUGGGAAAAUACGUUGCUCCAUUCAGGACGAUCUACCUUUUUUCUUGAAAUCCUCCAGAAAAUACCCUGAGCUGGUACUGGACAAAGAGCUGGAUCGGGAGGAGGAGCAAGAAAUCUCAUUAACCCUAACAGCAUUGGAUGGCGGCUCUCCGCCUCGGUAUGGGACUGUCCAGGUGCACAUUGAAGUGGUUGACAGCAACGAUAAUGCCCCCGAGUUUGAGCAGUCGCUCUACAAGGUGCAUAUUCCUGAGAACAGCCCUGUGGGUUCACUGGUUGUCACUGUCUCUGCCAGCGAUGUAGACAGUGGAGUCUACGGGAAAAUAUCAUAUACAUUCUUUCAGCCUUCAGAAGAUACUAGUAAAACUUUGGAGGUAAACCCUAUGACAGGCGAAAUUCGACUAAGAAAACAAGUAGAUUUUGAAACAGUUCUGUCUUAUGAAGUGGACAUCAAGGCUACUGAUGGGGGAGGUCUUUCAGGAAAAUGCACUCUUCUCCUGCAGAUAGUGGAUGUGAAUGAUAAUCCCCCAGAAGUGACAAUCUCUGCACUCACCAGCCCCAUCCCUGAGAACUCGCCUGAGAUUAUGGUUGCAGUUUUCAGUGUUUCAGAUCCUGACUCCGGGGACAAUGGGAAAACUAUUUCCUCCAUCCAGGACGACCUUCCUUUUCUUCUAAAACCUUCAGUCAAGAACUUUUACUCCUUGGUAACCAGGAGAGCACUAGAUAGAGAAGAAAGGGCCGAGUACAACAUCACCAUCACUGUCACAGACAUGGGGACUCCCAGACUGAAAACCCAGCACAACAUAACGGUGCUGGUGUCCGACGUCAACGACAACGCC